UAUAUUAUAUGUUACAUAAGAUGAGUUAAUAAACAAGAAAAUCAAAAGUAAAGAAACUUUGAAAGAAGCAAAAAUGGUUUCAUCUUCUUCUUCUUCUUCAUCAUCUGAAGUAAAGAUUGUCUCAGAAUGCUUCAUCAAACCCAAAACCGUCGCGUUAAAAUCAAAAGAGCCAUACCAUUUAUCACCGACCGAUCAUGUGGUUCUCUCCUUCCAAUACAUCCAAAAGGGUCUUCUCUUUCUCAAACAGUCUGAUUAUGAUGAUGCAACCAAACCAAAAGACUUCAUGGAGACAUUGCUUCAAAAGCUUAAAGACUCUCUAGCAGCAACACUUGUCCACUUCUACCCUUUCGCGGGUCGACUCUCGACCUUGAAAACCGACAAUCCAAGAAGAUCUUACUCGGUGUUUGUGGAUUGUAACAACAGUCCUGGAGCUGGAUUUAUCCAUGCCAAGUUGGAUCUAUGUGUGUCAGAUAUUAUUGAGUCCACAUACGUUCCUUUGGUUGUUCAUUUUUUAUUUGAUCAUCACAAAGCAGUGAAUCUAGAUGGUCAGAACAUGAGUCUCUUAUCAGUCAAGGUAACAGAACUUGUAGAUGGAGUGUUCAUAGGAUUGUCUAUGAAUCAUUCGAUUGGAGAUGGAUGUACUUUCUGGCAUUUCUUCAACUCUUUCUCCGACAUCUUCACUAAUCACAACAACUUGUUUUGUCUCAAGAAUCCUCCAAUCUUCCGAGAAGUGUCUGGUCCUCUUUGCAGGCUUCCUUACAGUCCACUUGAUAAGUCCUCCAUUAGUCAUCAAUCCGAAUCUCCGGUUUUGAAAGAGAGAAUGUUCCAUUUCUCAUCAGAGACAGUGAGAUCACUCAAAUCAAAGGCCAAUCAAGAUUGUAAUACAACAACAAUCUCUUCGUUGCAGUCACUAACCGCAGUUAUAUGGAGAAGCAUUACAAGAGCAAGAAAAGCACCAAAUGAUCAAGAAACUACUUGCAGGUUUGCUGCAGACAGUAGAUCAAGAAUGGAUCCACCAUUGCCGACGAAUCACGUUGGGUUUUACGUCUCUGCUACAAGUACCACUGCCAAAAAUGGUGAUCUAUUGGAGAAGAAUGGGUUAGGAUGGGCUGCUUCAAAGCUCCAUCGAGCUGUAACCGAGCACACUGGCGAGAAGAUCGCUUCCCAAAUUGAUCGAUGGUUGAAGUCUCCACCAGCGGCAGUACACGAUCCGAACGUUGUUCAUAUGGGAAGCUCGCCGAGGUUUGACAAGUACGGAUGCCAGUUUGGGAUGGGGAAAGCGGUUGCGGUUAGAAGCGGUUAUGGCGGUAAGUUUGACGGGAAGGUAUCAGCUUACCCUGGGAGAGAAGGAGGUGGGAGCAUAGAUUUUGAAGUCUGUCUUUUGCCAGAGUUUAUGGAAGCUUUGGAAUCAGAUCAAGAGUUCAUGUCUCUUGUCUCUUCUUCCCAGAACUAAGGUUUUCUCCUAGUUGUGUGGUUCUUUGUUCCUGUUACACCCUCUUUGGUUGGUUUGAUUUUAUUUUUUGUUAGUUAUAUAUGAUGAACUACUGUGUGUGAUUGUUAAUGUCACAGGAUUCUGCAGUUGUCGGAAUCAAAUG